AUGAGUGUUCCAAGUCGUACAUUCAUAAUGAAGAAUGGAUUAUAAUUCACAAUUGAGACAAAGAAAUUACAAGGUGAAAAAAAUUUUUGUAAACCUCCAUCAAAAGAUGAAAUAGAGAAAUAAUUUAUUGAAUGGCUACAUUAGGUAUCAUUUUGAUAAUUUUUAAGAUUUGCUUAGAGUAAAAAGAAUUAGAACAAAUAAAACAACUUGAACCCAAAUAUAAGUUCAGAAUAUGUUAAUUGUACAAUAACUUUAUAUUAACAUAAAAGAAGAAUUAAAUAAAUGAAGAAACAAAAAUAAAAAAAAUACUUGAAGAAACUAAGCUUUAAAUAAUUAGACUUAUUUAGGAUAAUUCUGAUCUUCAUUUAAAUUGUAAAUUUAUUAAUAUAUAUCUCAGCCUUACUAAAUAACUUAAAGGAAUAAUAAUAACUCUAAUAUAUUAAUGAGAAGCUGCAAUUAAUUAAAUAAUACUUAGUUGUGUAAACAUUAUUGAUGAAAUUAAAACAGUUAGAGGAAUAGUCAAGAAUAUAGAAAAAUUUUAGGGAAUAAACUACUAUUUUAGAAUUUUUUGAAUUCUUGCUAUAAUUUAAGAUUGGGAGAGAAUGUUUAAUGGUAGAUGGUUUUUUUGGAGUAUUGUUUAGUAAUUUUCAUCCAAUUGAAACCAAAAUUACAGGAAUUACACUUAAGAUAUUAUCUGGAAGUAAAGGAUUAAGUUGGUAACCUGGAUGUGUCUAAAAAAUAUUAGAAGCUAUGCAUAAAUUUUAGAAAACAUAUUAACUAUAAAAUAGGUUCAAUUUAAAAUUUAAAAUUUAGAUUCGAUAUCUUAGUAAGAACCAUCUAUGCCUCUAAGAAUUUAAUUAUGGUAUUUCUAAUAAUUAAAUUCUUAUUCAAAUUUCUAUAUUCCUUAGACAAUGAAAUAGUUGAUGAAGUUGUUAAAGAAUUUUUUGAUUCUAAAGUUAAUGAUAAAAAAGUAAAUGAAGUAUUUUGCUUGGUUUAAGCAAGAAUAUAAAAAUAAUUAUAUUAAAAAGAGGAUUGUACUUAUGAAUCUGUUAGAAAAGACUUAAAAAAGUUUUAACAUCCCUUAGCAUCAGAUGGAAGUGAAUAAUUACUAACUAAUAGAUUUAAAACAUAAGAUUUCAUUAUUCCUGAAAAGAUUAAUUUACAAGAUGUAGUACCAGAAAUAGUUAAAAAUGAAUCUUUGAAUUAAGAUUUUAAAAAUGAUCAAUACUAUUAUUUUGAGUUUGGUUAAGAUUCAAUAUUUUAUGGAAUUCAAAGAAAUGUCUUAGAAUGGAUAAAUGCUAUUUUAAAUAUAUAUUCAUUAUUAGAUAACAAUUAAGAUUCAUUUCUAAAAGCUGCUAGUGAAAUUUAAGUUACUGAUUUUUAUUAUGAUAAUAAUUCAACCUAAUUAUCAGAUCCCUAUAUAGAAUUAGUGCCAAAAGAAAGAGGAUCUAGUUUUGAUUCACCUACUAAAAUUAUAAAACAAAUUGAUUCCUCCAAAAAUUCUGAAAAUUAACUUACUUCAUAAUAAGAUGAGAUAUUAGCAGAAUUAGAGGAUUAUAAAAAGUAACUUCAAAGUGAAAAAGAGCUAUGUUCAGAAAAAGAACUUGAAUUAAAAUCACUUAUAGAUGAAAAUGCCAUUUUCAAAGCUGAGAAUGAAGAACUUAAAAAAUAAAUAGAUAAAUCUAAAUAAACGAUAAUAGAAUUAUAAAAAAAAAUUGAAAAACUUGAAUAAAAAUAACUAUUUAAUUAAAAUAAUGAUAACAUAUAAUAGAAUUAGGCCAAAAAUUAUCAAAAAAUAUAAGAAAAAUAAAUUUAAUAAGCUUAGAUUUUAGUAUCAUUCAAUUUAAAAAAAUAAAUUUAAAAUACAUUUGUAUAAACUGAAAACUAGCCUGAAGAGUUAUAGAAUAGACUUUAGAAUUAAAUUACUCAAAAUUCCUCUACUUUAAAUUCAACACCUCCUUAAACUGUUCAAAAGGAAGCAUCUAACCCUCCACCUCCACCACCACCACUUCCUAAAACACAAACUCCUCCCCCACCUCCUCCUCCUCCACCACCAUUAAAGAAUGGAGCUCCCCCACCUCCUCCACCACUACCGCCUUCAAAGAACGGAGCUCCUCCACCUCCACCACCACCACCACCUUCAAAGAACGGAGCUCCCCCACCUCCACCACCACCACCUCCACCAUCAAAGAAUGGAGCACCACCUCCACCACCUCCUCCUAGAAAUGGUGGAGCUCCACCACCACUUCCUAUAGACAAUAAUCAAUAAUAAACUUCUAAUUAAAUGGUUUAAUAAUUUCCAUCAAUACCUAUUCGUAAUUUGAAUUGGGUAGCAAUUAAUAUGUAGAAUUAAAAUAAUUCUAUUUUUCAAAAAAUAUCAAAUGAUGUAGAAGAAAUUAAUGUAGAUUUUUUGUUGUUAGAAAAGAACUUUACUAAAGUUUAACCAAAAGAACAAAAUAUAAAAUAAUCUAGUGCUUAAUAAACAAUUGCCAAAAUUACUCUUUUAUCUUCUGAAAGAUCUAAAAAUAUUGAGUUAGUUUUGGGUAAAUUAAAACUUCCAAAUAAUAUAAUAAUAAAGCUUUUAAAAUCUUUUGAUGAUAAAAUAUUAACAUCUGCCAUAAUUGAAAGUUUAGAUGGAAUUUGUCCAACUGAAGAAGAAGUAAAAUAAUUAUCAGAAUAUUCUGGUGAAAAAGAUUAAUUGGGUAAUCCUGAAUUAUUUGUCGAUGCUUUAAGAACAGUUAAUGGUUUCUAACAUAGAUUAAAGGCUAUCAAAUUUAAAAUUGGUUUUAAAGAAUAGGUUGCAGAUUUAAAAAAGAAGAUUAGCACUCUUGAUUAAAGUUUCUUAAAAGUAAGAUAAAUGCCUGAAAUUGAAACACUUUUUAAAGUUGUAUUAAAAAUUGGUAAUUUUUUAAAUGGUAAAAUUUAUGAAUUUAAUAUAAUUAGCAUCUACAAGCAGAGGAAAUGCAAAGGGAUUUAAAAUAGAUACAAUAGAAAAAUGUGCAGAUAUGAAAACAAGUGAUGCUUAAGAGAAUUUACUUUAUUAUGUGAUAGAUUUAACAGAAAGUAUAUUGAAAAAAGAAAUAAUAGAUGAAUAAUGUAAUAAAUUAAUAAUAUUAAAUACAGCUAUAUAGAGUUUGGAACCAAUUGAAAAGAUAUCAAUAUCACAAUUAUAAAUAGAUUUUUCGGAUAUUAAAAAAGGAUUAAAUGUUGUAACAAAAGCGAUGGAAUAUUAAACUGAAGACUAAGAAGAUUAAGUUAGAACAUUUCUAUAGCCAUUGCAGGAAGAAAUUAAAACAAAUAUUUUUAUUAUAGAAUAAUAAUUAACUUAAUUGGAGGAUAAUUAUAAAUAAAGUGCUGCUUAUUUUUGUGAAAAUUAAAAAGAUUCUUCUGAAAAAUUUGGAGAAAAAAUACUCAAAAUGUUAAGAUGUUUACUGAAAAAUAAAAAAGAAAAGAUUUAAAAAGAGGAAAGAAAGAAAAAGUAAUAAGAAAUAUUAUAGAAAUAAUAAUAAAAAAAUAUGACAUAAUCUAAUUAAAAAGCAUAACCAUAACCACUAUCUGCUCAAUCUAUGAAACAUGCAUCUUCUGGAAAUUCUAAUUAAAGUACUCCAAAUGUAGCUGCUUUUAAAUUAGUAAAUCAAAAUGAAAUAGAAGUUAAAUAAUUUGGAAUUUGCAAAGAAAUAUAGGAAUUAAGAUAAAUGAGAUAAAUUAAACUUACUAAUUCCAUGAUUUAAAAUGAAGAUCAAGAUAUAGUAAAUAAUAAUAAAUGA